CGUGUCAAUCCUCAGAGUUGUGUCUUAGUUUUCUUCCUCCUCUUUUUGUUCUUUGUCUGUUAAUCAGGGCCCGGUGCUCUUUGCGAAUCAUAUACUCACUCACUCACUAAUAAUUCAACCCUUCCGCCAACGUAACAUCCAGAAAAAUCCAACACAUCCAGCAUAUUCACAGUCGCCGGUCGACUUGCCCUACCACGCCAAUACCAACUAUAAUCAACUCUUGCUUGCUCAGCACGACCUUCGAAAUAUCACCAUUUCACAACCACGAAACCAUUUCCAAACAACGAAGAUAAUCAAUUCAUAAUGGCCGCUAUCCAGCUCAACUUCACUCUCCGCACCUCCGCCAACUGCAAGACCGUCCACUUGCUCGGUUCCUGGGACAACUACAAGGGUCAACUCCCGCUCUCCAAGGACUCCUCCAAGACUGGCGGCUGGAAGGGCACCUUCCGCUUCCAGGGACAGACCCUCAAGCAAGGCCAACGCUACUGGUACUACUACAUCAUCGAUGGCUACCACGUCUCCCACGACCCCGCUCGCGAGUCCGUCACCGAGCCCACCACCGGCCGCAAGCUGAACACCCUCGACAUCCCCGCCGGCAAGGCUGCUGAGCCCACCUCGACCUCCAAGUCCACGCGCCACUCCCGCCGCGUCAGCACCAACGGUGGAGUCCCCAAGGGUCGCCCGCUCGACAAGUCUCAGAUCGUCUCCCCAAAGCCCUACAAGCCACAGGAGACCCGCAAGGUCCGCACCGAAGCGUUCGCGCACCCAACCCUCGAGCAGCUCACCGCCAAGUUCGCCGCGACCCAGGUCAACGACGACGACGACUCUGAAUCCGAAUCCGACUCUGACGACGACUCUGACGUCCCAUCCCUCAGCUCUCGCAGCUCCCGCAGCUCCGGCUCCAGCACCCCAAGCUCCGUCUCCAGCACUUCCUCGUGUUGCACUUGCGAACGCUACGGUAUCACCCGCUCCG